ACACAUACACACACCCCCCGUCCCUACGCUCACGGGUGGGAGCUGCAGCUCCACGGCGAGGCCUUUCUCCUCACCGGGCAGGUCAAAGCCGCCCGCCUUGGCCCCGGGGUGGGCGACAUGGCAGGCGGCCACACGGCGGCCCCGCGACAGCCGCUAUCCCUGGACGAGGUGGAGCCGGGCAGCGAGAACGAGCGGCUGGGGGUGGGCCGGGACAGCAUGCUCCGCAACCCGCUCAUCCUCAAGCCAGAACUGGGGAGGCCCCAGAGAAACUGCUACACCCUGCCAGGCUUUGAUUUUGCGUACGGGCUGUACAUCCCGAGGACAGAUGGAGGAGUCCCUGAAGCAAUAGGCCACUGGAACACAGUAAAGCCCAGGACUUCAGUUCGGAAGAUGCCCCGAGACUUCAUCACCAUGAACCGUGGUGCUCUGAAGGCCGGUUAUACCACAGCCCAUGAGUAUAAUUUGUACUACAAGGCCAAGGACAUUCGGCAAAAAGAUGAUGAAUACAGUCGCUUCAAGAGAAGUCCUCCUAAUGUACCUGCAGACUUCACUUACGGCAUCCCAACACGGUCUUCCAGUCCCAUUUAUGACCUCCUCCAACACAAAUACAAGGAGCUGUGGAUGGAGCAGCAAAGAGCCCGCACAGCAGCCAAGCGAGCGGAAAAGAAAAAGAAGGAAAGAACACGUGAAACUCGCACCACAUUCCUGCGAAAACACCCACCACCUGCAAAGGAGGAGUCCUUCUGGCACCUGCCCCGCUUGGAGAAGGUUGGGCCUCAUCUCAGUACUUUUCCAGACUGUGACGCUCGUAAAAAGGCAUUCAGUGCCUCCCAUUGAGAAGUGCCUGCAGGACGAGGUCCCCUUCCCCAGAGCAUCCACCCAGCGAGACCGCAGCACUGCUGGACACCACAGCCCUUAGACCCUGCCAUAGCCAUAUCUCUCUGCUUUUAAAAAGUUAUGCUAAUGCAGGUA